GUAGCCUGCGAGUUUGGCGUGCUGCGUGUGGUCUCCCAGAGCGGUGGUACCCGGGGCAAGGACUAUUGCAUCCUCUACAAUCCACAGUGGGCCCGCCUGCCACAUGACCUCAGCAAAGUGUCUCUCCUGAAGCUUCGGGACUUAAGCUCAACACAGCUCUGCUCCAACCUUGACCUUCCUGUGGAAGACCUCACCAACCAAAUUGCACUGGUGGCCCGGGGCAAUUGUACCUUCUACGAGAAAGUGCGGCUGGCCCAAGCCAGUGGGGCCCGUGCACUGCUGAUUGUCAGCAAGGAGAAGCUGGUCCCUCCCGGAGGCAACAAAACACAGUAUGAGGAGAUAAGCAUCCCUGUGGCCCUGCUUAGUCACAGGGACCUGCGAGACAUCUACAAGCGCUUUGGCCAUGCGGUGAUGGUGGCACUGUAUGCGCCCAAGGAACCGGUGAUGGACUACAACAUGGUCAUCAUCUUCCUCAUGGCUGUGGGCACCGUCGCCCUCGGUGGCUACUGGGCCGGCAGCCGCGCUGUAAAGAAGAUCAUGAAGCAUAAGCGAGAUGAUGGGCCCGAGAAGCAUGAGGAUGAGGCGGUGGACGUGACGCCGGUCAUGAUCUGUGUGUUUGUUGUCAUGUGCUGCUUUAUGCUGGUGCUGCUCUACUUCUUCUACGACCGCCUGGUCUAUGUGAUCAUCGGUAUCUUCUGCCUGGCUUCCUCCACUGGUCUCUACAGCUGUCUGGCGCCCUGUGUGCGCAAGCUUCCCUUUUGCACGUGCAGGGUCCCCGACAACAACCUGCCGUACUUCCACAAGCGUCCUCAGGCCCGCAUGCUGCUGCUAGCUUUCUUCUGUGUCACCGUCACCGUAGUGUGGGGUGUCUUCCGCAAUGAGGACCAGUGGGCCUGGGUCCUGCAGGACGUCCUGGGCAUUGCCUUCUGCCUGUACAUGUUGAAGACUAUCCGCCUGCCUACCUUCAAGGCCUGCACGAUGCUGCUGUUGGUGCUCUUCUUCUACGAUGUCUUCUUCGUCUUCAUCACCCCCUUCCUGACCAAGAGUGGCAACAGCAUCAUGGUGGAGGUGGCCACCGGGCCCUCGAACUCAUCCACCCAGGAGAAGCUGCCCAUGGUGCUGAAGGUACCCAGGCUGAACACCUCGCCCCUCGCCCUGUGUGACCGGCCCUUCUCCCUCCUGGGCUUUGGAGACAUCUUGGUGCCAGGGCUGCUGGUGGCUUACUGCCACAGGUUCGACAUCCAGGUGCAAUCUUCCAGGAUCUACUUUAUGGCCUGUACCAUUGCCUACGGCCUGGGUCUUCUGGUAACAUUUGUGGCACUUGUCCUCAUGCAACGUGGCCAGCCCGCGCUGCUCUACCUGGUCCCCUGCACACUGAUAAGCAGCUGCACCGUGGCUCUGUGGCGCCAGGAACUGGGUGUCUUCUGGACAGGCAGCGGCUUUGCGAAGGAUGUACCUCAGUCCUCAUGGACUCCAAUGGAGGGGCCUGUGCCUCGAAGGGACUCAGAUGCCCCCAUCUCCCAGCACCCUCCAGGUGAAGAGCCAGCUAAGAGACCCCUGCCCACUGAGGAGGCAGGAGCUGCAGACCCUGCUGCUAAUCACUGCAGCCCCAUGGCCAGCGCAUCCAGCCUCACAGAUGGGGACCAGGUUCAGCCCAGCCCCGUGGUACAGCCAGGGACAUCGGCCUAGGAAGAGGAAGUACAAGAGCGGGGCCCACGCAGCCUUCCAUGCCACACAGAUGCCGACCACCUGGGACUUUGAGGGGACAAAGACAGCUGCUAUCCUCCUGGGCAGCAUACCUGGCAGUUCCCUCCUAACAUGGUGCUCAGCCCUCUGAGGCCUCUCUCUUCUCCUUCCCCACCACAGCUGGGCCCCAGUGCCCAGCUCCGCUUUGCACCAGGCUACGAGCUUCACUCCACGCAAGGCUGCCGCCUCUGGUGCUUUGCCAACACUCGCCCUGCAGUCCCAGCUGGCCGCGCCUUCCUCCACAGGACAGGACAUCCCUGUCAUGCGUGUUCCUAUGUUGGGAGAAGCCAUGAGAGGCCUAGAUGUGUGCACCCUGCCCGAGGGCCUGGGUCAACAUGAGGUGUCCAUACCCCACAGGAGGGUCCACGCCUAAAUAGAGUCGAGAAUGCUGGGUCACUGUUCCAAGCCAGUAAAUGUCUCUUGCUCCAGGUUCUGCGGUCUGCAGCAGAGUGGGAAUUGGCCAUGCAUAAAUGGGGCCAUGUCCCCAGCAAAUAGUCCUCAGCUCGGAUGUGCAAGUCUUCCAUGCCAUGGCCACUGCCCUCUGCCCCAACAGUGGCUUCUGGACCUGGCAUCUGUCCUCUACCUCACCAGCCAGGCUCUGGACUCCAUGACGGAUCUGCCUGCAGGGAGCCCACUACACAUGCUGCAUGUCGUCUCUGAGGCAGAAGCCACAGUCCUCACACUCGAGAUGGAGCCUAUGACCUGUGUCCACUCACACUUGCAUGGAAAAGUGUGCUGCACGGUGACAGGCAGUGGCAGCUGGGCAGUCCUCCUAGAGCUUGGGGGAGGGGGACAGAGGGAGGGAGGAGGACUUCCCAUAGGCACCCCAGUCCUAGAGUGGACAGAGACGGUGACGCUGGGCCCGCCCACCUACUUCUGCCACUUGGACUGCGCCUUAACUUAAGCCAUUUUGUACUGGGUGUCCAAGCGGUUCCUCCAUCUGAGCUGGUUGGAGGGGCUUUGGGCAGUGCCGCCUGAGGGCCCUGGCCUUAGGUUGUCAGGGGAUUAAACAACUUUUCAUACGCA